CGUCACAGUUAUUGCACUAGCUUGGGGACGUUUUGCUAUUGCUCAUCAGACGUGAUGAGUCAGCGGUCAGAACGGCGAGGGAUCCAUGUGGAUCAAUCUGAAUUGCUGUGUAAGAAGGGAUGUGGUUACUAUGGUAACGCGGCAUGGCAGGGGCUGUGCUCGAAGUGCUGGAGGGAGGAGUACCAGCGUGCACGACAGAAACAGAUCCAGGAGGACUGGGAACUUGCUGAGAAGUUACAGAGGGAGGAGGAUGCAGCAUAUGCCAGCAGUCAUGGCUCUCAGUCUCAGCCCUCUCUCACUCCUUUCUCCAAGUUUGAGGAGAAAAAGACCAACGAGAAAACACGCAAAGUGACCACAGUGAAGAAGUUCUUCAGUCCGUCAUCACGCAGCAGCAACAAGAAAGAGAAAGAGAAGGAUGAGCAGAGAGAGAAAGAGAGUGAGAGAGAGAGAGGAGAGAAGGUGCAGGGCAGGAGGGAGCGUCACGGCGAGACGCUGCUGCGAGAUCUGAAGGGUAUUUUUACACACCCAUGGGAGAUCGGCUCUCCAACUGAAGACAGUCAUGAGUCGAAGUCCCACAGUCCAUCGUUUGUGCGUCAGUCGAGUAUGGAGACAGAUCAGGUGUCGAGGGAGUUUAUGGAUUUCCUGAAGAGUCUGAAACCUGGACGCGAAAUUCACAAACAGAGCCGAGCCUUUGUGGAGAGCAUGGGGAAUAAAAAGGACCUUGGUGCUGAUGAGCUCUCUGAGUGCGUGCAGGAUUUCUACCAGAACAUGUCUGACCGUCUCCUCACUCACUUUAAAGGUUCCUCUGAGAAGGUAGAGCGAGUGAUGGACCAGGUGGAGAAGUACAUCAUGACGCGCCUCUAUAAGAGUGUCUUCUGUCCUGAGACCACUGAUGAUGAGAAGAAAGAUCUGACUACGCAGCACAGGAUCCGGGCGCUACACUGGGUGACCAUCCAGAUGCUGUGUGUUCCUGUGGAUGAAGAAAUUCCAGAAGCAGCUGAUAGUGUAGUGAAGGCCAUUACAGAUAUAAUCGAGAUGGACUCAAAGCGUGUGCCGAGAGACAAGCUGGCCUGCAUCACCAGCUGUAGCAAACACAUCUUCAACGCCAUCAAGGUGACGAAGAAAGAGCCGGCAUCGGCCGACGAUUUCCUCCCAACGCUCAUUUACAUUGUGCUGAAGGCCAACCCACCCCGCCUGCAGUCCAACAUCCAGUACAUCACACGCUUCUGCAACCCGAGCCGCCUGAUGAGCGGAGAGGACGGGUACUAUUUCACCAACCUGUGUUGUGCAGUGGCGUUUAUCGAGAAGCUGGACGCUCAUUCCCUUAACCUGAGUGUGGAGGAUUUUGAGCGUUACAUGUGCGGCGGCAGUGGUGGUGGAUCUGGUGAUGCUUCCCCACGUGUGAGAUCCGAGUCGUCGUCCCUGUGGCCACUGGAGCUGCUCUCGGCUCUGCAGGAACGUCAGCAGCAGGUUCUGGAGGAGGCGCAGGGUCUGCAGGCCGAGCUCCAGUGCUGGCAGGAACGCGUGGCCCGUGAGGUGCAGGACAUCCUUGACAAAUACCCACUGGAGAUCAAAAGGCACGUGGCACAUGCCAUCGACUCUGAGAACGAGGAGAACGACAGGCUGCCCCCGCCCCUGCAGCCUCAAGUGUUCGCCGAUUAGAACUGCUGAUGAAAUUGAAGGGGUCAGAGUGUGUGAGUGAGUCAGUGUGAAUCUGAGUGAGACAAAAUGAGUCAGUGUGAAUCAGAGUGAGUCCGUGUGAAUCUGAGUGAAUUAGUGUGAGUCAGGGUGAGUGAUUGAGAGACAGAAUGAAUCAGAGUGAGUCAUUGUUAGAAUGUGAGUCAGAAUGAGUCAGUGAGAGUUAGAGUGAGUCUGGGUGAGUCAGAAUGAGUCGGUGUGAGUCAGUGAGAGACAAUGAGUCAGAGUGAGUCAAAGGUAGUAAUUGUAAGUCACUGUGAAUCAGUGUGUGAGAGUUGGUGUGAGUCAUUGUGAAUCUGUCGAUCUGAGUGAGUAGGAGUGAAUCAGUGUGAAUCAGAGUCCAGUAGCUUUCAGAUCAGCCCUGCUUUGUAUUUAAACUACAGUAGUAACUGAGAACCUUCACUUACGAAAGCAGGUUUUUCAGAACUUGUGACUGAGUUUUAAAUCAGAAUGUUUAUUGAGGUGUGUGUGUGUGUGUGUGUGUGUGUGUGUGUGUGUGAGACAAGUGAGAAUCUGUAACCAUGGGCAGUGUUGUGUGUCCACACACAUGCACAAUGUAUCAUAAUAUAGACAUGUAUGCACUAGGGGGCAGUGUGGCGCACUGUUUCAUGGGCACUUCUGCAGAAGUUGAAAUCAAACCUGAGAAAGGCACGACAUUACAGUUCUGGGUUGUAGAGUAAUUAAUCAUUUAAGAGAUGAUGAUGAUGAUGCUCUUUCUGUGUUUGCAACUCUUACAAUGUCAGGAAUCCUAAGGUGCGCUUCACUCAGGAGACUCAAGGUACAUUUCAAAGAUUUACAGACUUUUUUUUCCUCCUGAGCUUUUAGUAAGCACUGACAUGAAGGACGCGAGUUUAUCAGCAUGCAUUUCAAUGCUGUGCUUUUGUCAUUUCCCUCUACAGGCUCCAAUUGGUGUCAUUUAGAGCAUUUGGUGCUGCCAAAUAUGGGCCUAGUGUUUAUUGAAACACAACCCAACCCGUUUAGCCACCAGUUAAUUUCGUGUUUCAUCACAUUUAGUUUCUGUCAUCAUUUCAGCUCACUGAUAAUUUCUCAUGGUGAUUUCUACCCAAACUGACUCUUGAUGAUUUGCAGCAAGUGUUCACUCGUAAGGGGAAGUGUGUGUGUGUGUGUGUGUGUGUGUGUGUGUGUGUGUGUGUGUGUGUGUGUGUGUGUUAGAGUGGAUCUUUCACAGGAACACACUCGAUUCCACCAGAAAGAACAUAACUGCAAGGAAUAAAACCCACCAUCAUAUGAGAAACUUAGUGAGACCUGGUGCACUGUUAAUACCUGGGUGCUGUACUACAAGCACCGUAAACCACUACAUAGUGCGUAUUGGAUUAUUAGUGCAUUACUACAUAUUAUUUAAUCCUUAUAAACAGUUAUGUCUGACUUCUCGUCCUCAUCGAAAGUUCAUCUGAUGAAUUAUUUAUGAAUAGGCUCUUAACAUGGCCCAAUGAUUGAAUUGUGGAGGUGAAGUAAAAUACUUGUCUACUUUAGUAUCAAACUACGUUUAAGCUACUCUACAGGUGAUUUCAUACACACACACACACACACACACACACACACUGCAUUAAUGUUGAUUACUUUAAAGGGCAUUUGCUUGAAAUUAGCUUCAGAUCUGGCCUGCUUACGGUACAUUGUAAAAAUGUUAAUUUAAAUAGUCUUAAUUUUUUCCUCUUCAUAUUAAUAUAGUGUACAGUGGAGUGACAUUGUGCCGAUAAUCAUUUGUUCAGGUUUCUAGUCAGAGUUUGUUUUUAAUGGACAAAUUAAAAAGGUAGAAUUGGACGUGUACACCGUAAACCAAGAUUAAAGCUCAGGUGUGAUGCAUAGCGAUUAACCUCAGAGAUAAUUGUUUGGAUUUGUCACUAGCUGAUUUGCAUAAUCCCCAAAUAUAUAUCUAAAAAAAUGAAUUGAUCCAUAAAAGGUGGUGAACUUGCCACUUAUUGUGAGAGGUGAUAUAUUUAUGAUGUGAAUAUUAACACUCAAAAACCACAGACUUCAGCACUUAGAUUUCUUGAGGAGGAAAUGCAGUGAGUGUGAUUCGUGUAAAACACUUAACGUUGGCUGUUUUAGAGCUUAAUAUCAUCCUGUCUGCUGUCACUUUCAGCUGUUUUUCAUUUUUCUUUGUAUCAGUUUUUACACAUUUCAUUCAUCUACACAAACACACUAACUUAAAUUGUGAUCAAGGCGCUGUGCUGCGAGAUUAUAAUUUAUACUGAUUUUAUUUAUCAAGUACAGAUAACUGACUGAGAUGUGUCGCUUUUCUGUAACUUAUAAUCAUAAUAAAAAAAUGAAUGUAAAUAUGUAAAA